GCUUCAAGAAGCAAACACACUUUGCUUCACGAAGAUCGGAGUUGGAUUAUCGCUUCCCUGACGCUUGGGGAUAAAGACAUCAAAAAAAUGUUCAAUUGAACGAAGUAAAUGUGGAUUAAAGCAUUCGAUAACUUAAAUAGUGACAUUACGAAAAAAAAUGCCUGAACAUUAAGUACAACGCACACUGACUUGUUGCAAAACGACUUCACAAUUUUAGACGACGACGUCAAUUAUUUUAGUAGCUGACCGAAAAGCAGAACCCUGACCAAAACACAAACCACAAAUCAACUUCAGCGACACCAUAAAGCACUGCUUCAGUCGUUUCAAUUCCAGCCAUGGCAAUAAGUAAGAACACGCCGAAACAAAACAACAUGCUGUUCAUGUUAGCAUCUUUAGCAUGCAAUGGCCAAAACAAGGCUCGCGAUUCAAUUCCCGCCGCUGUUGCUGUUUCGGAUGCAUCAGACGACGAUCGCAGUGUCACAGCUCUUCCUCAAGUUAAGGAGGUCGUUGUUGCUCGACGUCGAAGAAGACCUAUCAAGAAAAGAAUACCGGGCAAUGAUUAUCAAUGCUCGCCAUUGAAUUCGCCGCCGGGUUCUAGUUUGGCCAUUCCGAAGAAGUCAUUGCUUGAAUCUAGCAUCAAGAUUCUUCGCUGUCCGCGCAAGACGAACAAGAUUGAGUCAAUUUCGCUUACCACUUAUAAUAAAAAGAAGGCAGCAUCUGUUCAUAACCAACGGCAGAAGAAGACCAGGUGUUGUAUCAGGACAUCUGUUGGCAGCGGCACCCUCGCACUGGCACACGACGAUGAAAAAUUGAAACAGGUUCAUUCACCCCUUGAUUUGCCAUCCUUUCUUCCCUGCCCGGCCAUAGCGCUAAGAAACGUUGAGUCAAUAAGCCUGAAUCUUGGUUGAGAGUCGCAGCCGUCGAUUGGUUGGCAUGCAAGUUUUUAUUUUGUACACUAUACACACAAUCACACUAUGGAACCGAUUUUAAUUGGAUUCAUUACAACUGAUGGAUGGCGAAGGGCAGUAGUCAAUCAUCAGUAUCACACAUAGACAGGGCAAGCCCAAUCUUCGAAGGGAUCACUUUUGUUCAUAUAUACGACUAGUUUUUUUUGGAUAUUUUGAUACAUAAAACACAGUUUUCAAA